UUGUUCGGAUUAACACUUUUUUCUCUCUCGUUUUUGGAGUGCCUUCAUUAAAUUUCAUUUUGCACAGUACGAUUAGGAUUAUUUUUCUUUAAGAACAAGAUCCCUGAAGUCCGCCGCUUUACACUCUACCAUGACGAACAGAGAAGAUCGGAAGGUCGGAAGUUGAUUAUCUGCAGCGUUGCCAUACUGUAUCACAUAAUAAAUUCGACAAUAAAGAUAAGAGAAUUGGAGGAACGUGUGUAUAUGAAGGACUGUAAGUAAGGAACGACCGCUUAUUCGUGUCAACCGUCAAGUCGAUGACGUCUAAAAAAGGCUUGUUGGAGCGUCUUGCCAAUGGUGGAACGUUGGUAGUCGCGGAGGGAUAUAUUUUCGAGUUCGAGCGGCGAGGAUAUCUGCAGGCCGGAGCCUAUGUACCGGAAGUUAUUCUGGAACAUCCGGAAAUAGUCCGUCAGGUGUACGAAGAGUUUGUGCAUGCGGGAAGUGACGUUGUUCUUGCACUUACGUACUACACGCACCGGGAAAAGCUGCGAACGAUUGGGCGGGAGGGCGACCUUGAGGCUAUGAACCGCGUGGCCCUGCAGAUGGCGCGGGAGGUAGCGGACCAGCAUGACUGUCUUAUGGCCGGCAACAUUUGUAACUCGGCAGUUUACGUGGCCGGAGACCCCGAGUCACACAAGAUCACAGAGCAAAUGUUUAAGGAGCAGAUAGAGCUGGCUGUUGAGUUGGGUGCAGAUUAUAUCGUGGGGGAAACGUUUUGUUGCUAUGGCGAAUCCAUGAUGGCGCUCCGCUGUAUACAGAAGUACGGAAACGUGCCUGCGGUGAUCACCUUGUCCCUGGGGACAGGGGAUCUGAUGCUGGACGGAGUCAAGGUCAAGGACACGGUGCUAGCCCUGGAGGCUGCCGGGGCCGCCGUCGUCGGCUUCAACUGCGGUCGCGGACCAGAAACCAUGCUGCCAUUCAUACAGGAUAUCAAGCCGCUGUGUAAGGUACCAUUCGCGGCCCUGCCUGUGUGUUACCGGACUACACCCGAGCAGCCCUGUUUUCAGUCGCUCACCGUCCCCGGAACAAAUAAUCGCGCAUUUCCGCUGGAUUUGUGCGCUUGCCAGACGAGCCGUCAACAGAUUGAUGAAUUUGCACAUGCGUGCCGGAAGUUGGGCGUCCAGUACGUGGGCCUGUGCUGCGGAAACUCCGCCCAUCUAACAAGAAUCGUUGCCGAGGUGUACGAACGUACGCCGCCAGCCAGCAAGUAUACGCCAGACAUGUCCCAGCACUACAUGUUCGGGGAUAAGUCUCGCUUCCGGAAGGAGUUUACCGAGGGGCUCCGUGCCUCGAAGGGAGGCGACUUCGACUAGAUACAUUUAGAUGCUCUCUCGUUAAUGAUGGUGUGCUAAAAUUAUUGCAUCAAAUAAAAGGGUUUUGCGUGUAUACGCGUUCGCCACAAUUUAUUAUUCGAUAGUUUAGUGACGAUAUUUGAGCAUUCUCCCGUCAGAUAAUAGCUCAUUGAGCUCAUGUUUCUUCUAGACAAAUACCCGACUUUAAAUAAAGAUUCUUGUAUCGUGUAUCUUUUUGAAAAAUAAAUUUCUAUUACCUGA